CUGCGGACGAAAGUAAUGGCGUCGGCUUCUUCACGGACGGCUCUUCUGUGCUUCCUCCUCUUCUUCGGCAGCAUCACCCUGAUCCAGGCUGAAGAACUAAAGAAGGUCACCAGCAAGGUUUACUUCGACAUUGAGAUUGCUGGAAAACCUGUCGGUCGAAUAAUUAUGGGUCUAUUUGGGAAAACUGUGCCGAAAACAGCAGAAAACUUCCGAGCGAUUUGCACAGGUGAGAAAGGUCGGGAUAAAUAUGGGGUGCGUCUUUACUACAAGGGAAGCACAUUCCACAGGAUAAUACCCCAUUUUAUGAUCCAGGGAGGUGACAUCGUGUUCGGCAAUGGCAGGGGAAUCGACAAUAUUUAUGAUGAGCCAUUUGCUGAUGAGAACUUCAAGCUCAAUCACACUGGACCUGGACUUCUGUCCAUGGCAAAUGCUGGCCCCGAUACCAAUGGAUGCCAGUUCUUCAUCACCACUGUAAAACUCACAAGGUACUCGACUUGGUUGGAUGGAAAGCAUGUUGUGUUCGGUGAGGUGUUGUCAGGAAUGGACGUGGUGUACAAGAUUGAAGCAGUAGGGCAAGCGAGUGGCGUCCCCAGAAGCAGAGUCGUGAUUGCAGAGAGUGGAGAAUUGUCUUUGUGAUGUACACCAUCUUGUUCUAUCAGCUGUAAACUCGAAGAACAUUUGCCGGAUUGCUAAUUGGAUAUGUUAUGGCUCUUCUGCCCUGCAUUCAUCUUCUUGUGUUGAUGUGAUC